CAUUUUUCUCUCAAUCUCCUAAACCAUUAUAAAUCUAGAGAGAGAAAGAGUUAGAGAGAGAGAGAGGAUGAUGAUGGUUAUAACAAGUGUGUUAGUUAUAUUCUUGUCUAUACUGUUUAAAGUUGCAUAUGAUACCAUCUCAUGUUACUUCUUCACUCCCAGACGCAUCAAGAACUUCAUGGAAAAACAAGGAGUGCGUGGUCCUCAACCUCGCCCUCUUACCGGAAACAUCUUAGACAUGGCGUCGUUAGUUUCUCAGUCCACUUCCAAAGACUGUCCUAAUAUCCACCAUGACAUCGUCGGUCGUCUUCUUCCACAUUUCCUCACCUGGUCUAAACAAUACGGGAAAAGGUUUAUAUAUUGGCAUGGGAUUGAGCCGCGCAUGUGCUUGACAGAGACGGAAUUAAUCAAAGAACUGAUGACCAAGUACAGUACUAAAGCUGGUAAAUCAUGGCUGCAACAGCAAGGUUCGAAACAUUUUAUAGGCCGUGGUUUGUUAAUGGCUAACGGUGAUAAUUGGUAUCAUCAACGCCAUAUUGUUGCGCCAGCAUUCAUGGGAGACAGACUCAAGAGCUAUGCGGUGCACAUGGUGGAAUGCACCAAGGGGAUGCUUGAAUCGCUACAAAAUGCUGUAAACUCAGGACAAACUGAGUUUGAGAUAGGUGAACACAUGACUCGACUCACUGCUGAUAUAAUUUCAAGAACAGAGUUCGGUUGCAGUUAUGAGAAAGGGAAGCAAAUAUUUCAUUUAUUAACGGAACUUCAGCGUCACUGUGCUCAAGCUAGCAGGCAUUUAUGCUUUCCUGGUAGCCGAUUUUUUCCUAGUAAGUACAAUAGAGAGAUAAAAUCAUUGAAGAUGGAAGUGGAAGAAUUGCUAAUGGAGAUAAUACAAAGUAGGAAAGAUUGUGUAGAAAUUGGAAGGAGUAGUAGUUAUGGGAAUGAUUUAUUAGGAAUGCUACUAAAUGAGAUGCAAAAUAAAAGAGAAAAUGGGUUCAGUUUGAAUUUUCAAUUGAUAAUGGAUGAAUGCAAAACUUUUUUCUUUGCUGGACAUGAAACUACUGCUCUAUUGCUGACCUGGACAGUCAUGCUUCUUGCUAGCAAUCCUACUUGGCAACAAAGAGUUAGAGAUGAGGUUCUUCAAGUUUGCAAUGGUCAAACUCCCUCCAUUGACCAUCUUCCCAAACUCACCUUGCUAAAUAUGGUGAUAAAUGAAUCACUAAGGCUAUAUCCACCAGCAACAGUACUACCAAGAAUGGCAUUUGAAGACAUAAAACUUGGAGAUCUUCACAUUCCAAAAGGAUUAUCCAUUUGGAUUCCUGUUCUUGCAAUUCAUCACAGUGAAGAAUUAUGGGGAAAAGAUGCAAAUGAAUUCAAUCCCGACAGAUUCGCAUCAAAAACAUUCGCUCCCGGCAGACAUUUUAUGCCAUUUGCAGCCGGACCCCGAAACUGUAUCGGCCAAACUUUUGCCAUGAUGGAAGCAAAAAUAAUUUUAGCCAUGUUGAUUUCUAAAUUUAGCUUCAAUAUUGCAGACACUUAUCGCCAUGCUCCUGUUAUUGUCUUGACCAUUAAACCUAAGUAUGGUGUUCAAGUUUGUCUUAGCCCCCUUUGAUUUCAUAGUAAUCCCAAAAAUAUUUUUGAAGUUAUAGAGGAAGAGAGAGUUUAAUUAGUGGCAUGAGGGAGUCUUGAUUAAUUAGAGUUAAUUGAGCUUACUUUGAUAAAGAUGGUCACAAAUUGUUAUUUUAUUUUGGGGUUUGUAUUAUUUUAGUCAAGAGAUAGACAUGGAAUUAUGCUUUAAGCAUGUAAACAAAGGUGAUAGUUAUUAAUAAUAUAUCAAAGGAAACUUAGACAUUGAUUUGCUUUA